AUGUUUGCCCACCAUGGAAUACCGCUCGAAGUGUGUACAGAUGGAGGUGCUCAAUUUACCUGUCGAGAGUUCAGGGCGUUCAGAGACAAGUGUGAUUUUCUCCACACUACAUCCAGCCCUCGAUUUCCCACGUCCAACGGCUUAGCUGAAAAGGGAGUCCAAGCUGUGAAACGACUGUUGAAGAAAAGUGAGGGUGUAGAAGAUGAUUUCUGGGUGGGAUUGCUGAUUUACCGGACAUCCACGCUAGAGGAUGGGCGAACACCCAGCGAGCUGCUCAUGGGAAGACGGCUUCGUGGAAGGCUGCCGGACUUUGCAGUGCCUAGCGCGAGUCCAGUACACAAGCCCCCUCGGAACUUAACACAUGGUCGACCUCUCCCGAUACUACAUGAAGGAGAUAUGGUGAGGAUACGCCAGGACUGGUGUUGGGGUCCUAAGGCUCAAGUGCAGUGCUCAGUGGCUCCAAGGUCCUACACUGUUCGCACGGAAGGGGGCCAACAGUUUAGAAGAAAUCGGCAGCAUCUUCUAAAGACGGACUUCGCGCCAAAUGAAGGGCCUCCGGAGGUUACCCCAUGCCCAACAAUGCCACGAACGCCAGAGUGCCCCCAAUCUGCAGCGACAUCCCAGGAGCCAACUGUCGAUGAGCCCAAUCCUACCUCUGCAGUGUCGUCAAGUCCCAGUCCAACGACACCACCUUUACGACGUUCUACUCGAGUGCGGAGGCCUCCAGGCUACCUACGGGACUACGAGGCCCUUCCCUUCUCCAGAGAAGGGAAUAUGUACCGGUAG